GUUACCAAAUCAACAACACAUGGCUCGAUGAGUUGGACAAAAAAGGAUUAAUGCGAAAAUAAAGAUUUUUAUUUGGACCAUAAUAAAAUUCUAAAAAUGUUUGAUUGUAUGCUAGCUAAGUUCUUUUUUUCCGAAUUGGUUUAAAAGACGUUAUUAUUAUUCUGAGUUUACAACGUUCCUGCUAAGUAUCGCAAGGACUCGGCGUGAAAUUGACUCCAUGUAUGUAACUAUAAAACGAAUCAGAACCGCAGCUUAACAUUUCAACAAUAAACAAAGUACACAAAUAUGAGAGAAUUUUAUGAAAAUUUGCAGAAAAAAUUGUUAAAAUCUCUAAAAAUUGUUAGAAGCUACGACUGGUUACUUAACUCCUAUGUACUGGAUUUCUACGUGAAAGACCAUUGGUCCAAGUUUCCUGGUUCAUGGCAGCAAGUGCUAGAAAACGUAAUGCCAGAAGACCUAUGUUAUAUUCUGGAUUUCAAUAAUAACAUAGCAACUUUGCAGACGUGGCCUUUGAGUCUACUAACACUGAGAGUCUUAUUCAAGGAGUUAUGUAUAAAACGGGAAGAAAAUGAAAUACGAUCUAUAUAUCAUUUCAGUUCUUUACUGCAGCAUCCCAAAUUGAAAGAAAUUUUCGUCAAGGGAGUCAAGCGUAAAAAACGCCAUGAGCUAGAGUUUAUGGCAUCAACAUGUGUAGAAAUGUGUCAAAAUGUAGCUGUGGAUUUCAUAGUUGAUUUUGGCGCUGGCGUAGGCCAUUUAGCACGUGUUUUAGGCUUCGGGUGUGGCAUUAAAGUGUGUUGUAUAGAAAUGCAAGAUCAGCUUAACAAACAGGCUGAAGAAAUAGAUAAAAAAAUGAUGGCGUUAAUAAACAAAUAUUUACCUCCGAAGCAAGCUAAAACAUGUCAAACGCCCACGCAUGUGAAUCUAUGCAUUACCCCUGCGACAGCGCCCGAAGCAUUUCUCCAAAAAAUACAGAAAUCCUUAAAACUAAGAAAAGAUGAUUAUAAGUUUGGCAUUGUAGGUUUACAUUCUUGUGGAGAUUUGGCGGCAGUUCUAAUUCAAAUGUUUUUACAUUGUAAACAAGCAAAAUUCAUUAAUUUAGUGGGAUGUUGUUAUAUGAAAUUAUCUGCUAAAGAUACAGCUAAUGAAACGGACCAAGGCUAUCCCUUAAGUCAAUAUUUAAGUCAACGUUCAUUAAGUUUUCUCAGUUAUGAGGCGAGAGAAAUAUCGUGUCAUGCAAUCGAAAUGUAUAAACAAAGACUAGCGGGUAACAACUACGACUACCUCAAAAUUCACUCCUUUCGAGCAGCUGCUGAGCGAAUAAUUGCAAAACAUUAUCCCGAAUUAAGACACAGUGGCUUGAAAAGCAUUAAGCACUGUGGAAACAUACAAUUUGAGGAAUAUUUUUAUAGAGCUGUUAGCGGCUUGCCGCUGGCUACCAUUCCCGCAGAAAAUUUAUUGACAGCAAUCACUCAAAAGGAUCUCUCGCGUUGGCGGCAAAUUGUCAUAUAUUACACAUUACGACUGUUUUUUGGUCCUCUAAUUGAAAGUAUCAUAUUGUAUGAUCGCAUACUAUUCCUCGUCGAGAACGGCUGUAUUGUGGAUAUUAAGUCUGUAUUUGAGGCUACUAUUUCACCACGCAAUCAUAUAAUAAUAGCUGGGAAGAGAUGAUGAAACUCGUUGAAGCUCACUUGGCGGAACCUCUGCUGUUUCAUUAUGCUUUCGUAAAUACAAUACCUAUAAGAAAAUGAAAAAAAUGUGUAAGCGUUUUGUUGGAAACGGAAAAAGCUGAAGGCGCUUCGAUGAAAAUGAAAAAAAGCUGAAGGCGUUUCGAUGGAAAUUAAGAAAAG